GCUAGGCCAUUAGAUGGCGAUGAAACACUAUAGACUGAAAACACGCAUAAUAAAAUAAUACGCAUGUGCAUGACGCCGUCGUCUCCAGAGAUUUGCGUUUUUGUUGUUUACGCGGAGAUCGUUUUCAAAAACGUGCACUUUGAAAUCCGUUUUUUUUCCCGCUGUUGACGUGCAGCCAAAACGCGUAAACAGUUUUGUGUUUUUAGUUGAAAACGGUGUCAUGUAAACAGCCCCUGAAUUUGAAACUGAACCUUACCCUACGGUAAAAGUAACCCUAAAUGUAAAUCUGAAUCUGAAUCUCAACCUAAACGUGAGCCUGAAUGUAAAUGUAAAUCUAAACCUGAAUCUGAAUGUGAACCUAAAUCUCAAACUAGAAUAAAUGUGAAUCUGAAUCAGAAAGUGAAUCUAAACCUAGAAUAAAUGUGAAUCUGAAUGUGAACCUGAAUCUCAACCUAGAAUAAAUGUGAAUCUGAAUGAGAAAGUGAAUCUAAACCUGAAUCUCAACCUAUAGUAAAUGUGAAUCUGAAAGAAACAUUUUAUCUAAACCUGAAUCUCAUAAUUAUAAAUAUGAACCUGAAUGUAAAUGUGAAUCCAAAACUGACUGUGAAUCUGAACCUGAAUCUCAAUCUACAGUAAAUGUGAAUCUGAAUGUAAAUGUGAAUCUAAACCUGCAUGUGAAUCUGAACAUGACUCUCAAACUACAUGUGAGCCUGAAUGUAAAUGUAAUCUAAACCCCAUCUGUGUCUAUUUCAGUCACUCACUCAGUUCCUGGGCUGGUCAGUGCUGAAUACAGACACUUAUGACAGGAUGAACAAGCUGGAAAAUCGCAAGGACAUCUUUCAGGACAUGGUCAUGUACCAUGUCAAGUGCAGAAAGGAUGAGAUUCAGAAUGUCUUGAACACACGUGAGUUGUAUGGGAAAGAGCCUGAUGAAUGUGAAGAGGACGAGCUGGAGAAUAUUCUGGCUGAGAAACUGCCAAACUCAAAGGUGUCAGAGAUCUUUGAGUUUCACUUCUGUGACUUUGAUUUCACUGAGCUGGACCUAGUGAAGUGUGGCAUCAAGAUGUACUAUGAGCUGGGUGUGGUGGACAAGUUCCAUAUUCCACGUGAGACCCUGGUGCGCUUUGUGUACUCAGUCAGUAAAGGUUACAGGAAGAUCACCUACCACAACUGGAGGCAUGGCUUCAACGUUGGCCAGACCAUGUUUACACUGCUCAUGACAGGUGACCUGAAGCGCUACUAUACGGACCUGGAGGCGAUGGCCAUGGUGACCGCUGGGCUCUGUCAUGAUAUUGACCACCGUGGCACUAACAAUCUCUAUCAGAUGAAGUCUGGGAAUCCACUGGCAAAGCUGCAUGGUUCCUCCAUUCUCGAGAGGCACCAUCUGGACUUUGGAAAAACUCUGCUUAGAGAUGAGGCCUUAAAUAUCUACCAGAAUCUGAACCGAAGACAGCACGAACUCGUCAUCCAUUUGAUGGACAUAGCUAUCAUCGCAACGGACUUGGCCUUGUAUUUCAAGAAAAGGACCAUGUUUCAGAAGAUUGUGGAUCAGUCCAAGACCUACGAGAGCUGGGACAGUUGGACCAAAUACAUGAUGUUAGAAACAACUCGGAAAGAGAUUGUCAUGGCUAUGAUGAUGACUGCCUGUGAUUUGUCAGCCAUUGCCAAGCCAUGGGAGAUUCAGAGCAAGGUGGCGCUGUCUGUUGCUGCAGAAUUCUGGGAGCAGGGUGACCUGGAGAGGACAGUGCUGGAGCAGCAGCCCAUUCCCAUGAUGGACCGGAACAAAGCGGAUGAUCUUCCCAAACUGCAGUGUGGUUUCAUUGAUUUCGUCUGUGCUUUCGUUUACAAGGAGUUCUCUCGCUUCCAUGUGGAGAUCACACCCAUGCUAGAUCGUCUGCUGAACAACAGGAAGGAGUGGAACGCUCUGAAGGAAGAACAUGAGGCCAAGUUAGCAAAGCUGGAAGAGGCCAAGAAAGCUAAAGAGGAAGCAGAAGCUGCCGCAUUAGCUGCCAGACAAGCAAGCGCUGGCCAAUCCUCAUCUCAGUCCAAGACCUGUGUAAUUUCCUAGACGUCAAACUGCAAAAACAGACAAUAAGAAUGUAUGACAAUGCACCCAUAAUUUGGGCCACUUUUAUUGUUUCUCUAUGUAGGAUAUUACUUUGUCAAGUAUUUGCACUAGUCUUGAGCUUAAACACACCAAAGGGUUUUCUUUACUUAUAAGUAAAUACAACAUCAAUACAUAUCCCACACCAGGUUUAUGUCAUCAACAGAUAGUUUUCUUAAAGCUAUAAUUAUCAAAAUGUAGUGUAUAUUGGCUGAAACUGUACAGAAUAGAAUUCUUACAUACUGAAUUACAUUUUAGAGAGCACUUUGAGAGUCCACAUAAACAUUUGUUGUUGUUUUUUAAUUAUUACUAUUUAUAUGUAGAAAUAAAAGUGAGGAAUUGUUGA